AUGGCUCUCUCUUUUUUGGAUUCUGGCGCCUUUGCAGCCCAAAGUAUGGCUAUUAUGCCGUACAACGGCUUGCAGACACUAAUCUUUUCAUCUGACUUGAGUACCACUUGUGAUGCAUCCCUGAAUACUUCUAUCGGCUGUCCAGAAGACAUCAUCCAAGUAACCACCUAUGGCAUCCAAGCGGCCGGUUGGAGGACGUCUUCUCUGGCUAGCCUCUGCACUUCAGCAUGCGAGGCGUCAUUAGCAGAGCUAGCGACAGCAGUUGAGGCUGGGUGUGGUUCCGCCAUGGUAACAAUUAACACCCAGAAUAUCACGUUCUCUUCCCGGAUAGAUUACAUAUAUCAUAAAGUUGAUCUGAUCUGUUUGGCAGACACUGAUACAUCAGACUUAUGCUCAGAUGUUGAAAGACGCAGUUGGAAUAUCACCGAAAUGGUUCCGAAUGAGGCAGCAACCUGGCUUAACAACACUCCAUUUGACCUGGAGUGGUCGGACGCAACAGGUGCGGCUGGAUCAACUCAACUCGCAGCUCUGGACUACUACAUCGAGCGUGGUGAUCCAAUAGAUGAUGAUAACUAUGGGUAG